AUGCGUGCAUGUGUGUUUUGGACCAUCCACGACUUUCCUGCAUAUGGGAUGAUGUCUAGGUGGUCUACGAAGGGUUAUUUGGCUUGUCCCAUUUGCAAUUGUGAUUUCUCAUCAGUUAAGUUGAGAAGUAAGAUUGGAUAUUUGGGUGCCCACUGCUGGCUACCUGAGAACCACAUUUGGCGAAGGAGCAAGCUCUUUAAUGGUAAAUUUCAGGAUAGGACCAGACCUGUGGAGUUAUGGAAGAACAAGGAUACGGAAAAGGCAUGCAAGGAUUUGGAGGAUCAGGAAUUACGCAAGGAGUUGGACCUAAAGAGCAAAAGAGAGAGAAGGCUUUGCAAUUUCUUAAAAUCGAUCAAGUACCCAGAUGGAUAUGCAGCGAACAUCUCUAAAUGUGUGAACACUCGUGGUGGCAAGCUAUCGGGGCUCAAAAGUCAUGAUUGUCAUGUCCUUUUGCAAAGACUUCUCUUGAUUGUGAGGAAGAGCGAUUUGGAUAAACUUCAGGAGAACAUUAUACUUGUGCUUUGCAAGUUUGAAAAGAUUUUCCCUCCCGCUUUCUUUGACGUAAUGGCUUACGUUUGUAAAGAAUGUACAACCUUUUGUUCUAUGUAUCUCGAUGGAAUUGAGACAGUGUUUAAUCGCCAAGAACGGAAUGACGAUGGUGGUGAGCAAGAAGUGGGGUUAAAGGUUUUCACUCAGCAAAUCCGUCCCUUUAGUAUAAUCCCGAGAGCACCUAAUGUACCUGUCGACCAACGUGACAUGGCUCAUUGGUUUGUCUUGAACAAUAGCCUUGAAGUAGAACCAUAUCUAGAGUACGUGAAUGAAUUGCGGAAGCAAGGGUCUCCAGAAGCAACUAAUGAGUUGUGGUCAAUGGCCAACGGACCCGAGCCAAUAAUAAACACAUAUUCAGGGUGCAUUUCUAAUGGCGUCCGUUUCCUUACUAUUGAAUGGGACAACCGACAUACAACUCAAAAUAGUGGGGUGGUAGUGGAAGGGGAGCAUGAAGGCCAGACAAUAAACUUUUACGGUUUCUUAACUAAAGUAUGGGAAAUGGCCUAUUUAUUCGGUCAUCGAGUUGUUUUGUUCCAGUGCGAAUGGUACAAUUCCGGUUGUAGUAGAUUUUUUCGGGUUGAUACACAUUGCUCAAGUAUUGAUGUAAGAAGUCGAUGGUAUAAGGAUGACCCAUUUGUUUUUCCAAGUCAAGUCCAACAAGUAUUCUACAUUGCAGAUACCGAGUUGGGUGAGCAUUGGAAAGUAGUAGAACGAAUUCACCAUUAA